UAUAGUAAAGACAUAGAUGUUAUACAUCUAUGGUUAAGAUUAUACACGUAGAUAACAACCAACAUCAGUUAACUUUUUUUCACACACUUAAAAUCAAAAUGAUUCAAGAAAUAUUCAUUUUUAACCUGAAAAGAACUUUAAAGAUUUGUCCGUGUAUCCAAUAAUGCAUGCGCAGUGCAAUUAAAAGUUCCAGGUAAUAUGACGUUGACGCAGGAUGUUGCUGGAAUAUCUGUCUUAUUUGAUGCAUUGAUCGUUUAACACUUAUUCUACACUAUUCUAAAUAAGAAAACAAAAUGUCGUCAGCAGUACCAAUUGGAACGUUUCUUUUAGUAGCAUUCUUUAUAAUGGAGAUUAUUGGACUUGCAACUCAGUACUGGAUGGUAGUUGGCCAUUCAUCAGGACUUGUAAAAUCUCAUGCCGGACUCUUUAAGAUAUGCUAUGAAGUUUUCAAUCAAGAAGCAUGUUUUUAUUAUCUUCAAUAUGCAGAGGACUUCUUAAAUGUUCAUUAUUUUGGUAUAGCUGGAGGCUCUCUUUUAGGAAGUCUGCUUUUGUUUAUAGCUUGUAUGAUCGGGAUGUGUGGCUGUAGUAAACCUAACCCCAAACCAACAGUACAGAAUAUAGCUGGUGUCGGUCUCUUCGGAGGUUUCUUUUGUGGUGCAGCUACUUUAUGGUAUUACUUGUACUUCUUCAAAGGAACAUUUGGUGAUAUGGCUACACUACUUUCAGUUUUCGGUGUAGACGUCGGACCCGGAUGGUCAUUUUAUUUAUGUGCAGCGGCUGGUGGUGGAGCAUUUAUAAUAUCAUGUAUUCUAAUAUUAGUAGGAUGUAAUAUGCCAGUACAUCAAGGGGCAGUAGUGUCAAAUCAGCAGCCCCAGACCGUUAUAGCAAUGACAGGAGGACCUAUGCCAGUAGUUCAACAUCAGCAAUAUCCACCAACAGUUGUUGCUAUGCAAAAUUCGGCUUAUAAUGAUCCGUUUGGACCACAACAAUCUUACGGCCAUCAACCAUCAUAUGGACAACAACCUCAAUCAUCUUAUGGGAAUCAACAUGGAUACCACCCUCAAACUGAAAAAUCAUAAUCGUAUCUACAUUGCACUACAACAAACACACUUUUGGCUGUGGAAUGUACUAUACGUACUAUAGAUAGGCAUGACAAGUUCUUCUAUCAUCCACAAACAAUGAUUUAUGACAUACAAAAGCACACCUACACAUAUCUUUCAUUAUAGAGCUAUGAUUAUUUUUAAAUUAGACAUGAACGGUUACGAAAUGUAAAAAUA